CUCGAGUACCUGAGAAAUUAUGUGCGUAUCAUUUAACCUUUGAAUAUCUCAUCGGUUCGUGUUAUGUUCACAAACUCAAAAUGCAGGUCGGCGAGAUAACAUUCUUCAAAAGGCUCCCCUCGAUGAUGAAAACCGAGUUACGCAGUGAGGUUUCCAUAGGCAACAUGCAGGAUCAGCCUGUCACACUAACACCCCAAUCGACAUUGUCGUUCACCAGUUGGACAAUGACACGUAAUGCAUUCAAGGGCAGGCGCCAAUCUGAGGCUGGGCAGGACCCGCGUCUCGAAGCAGUAUUACCUCUUCUUCACAAGCGGUGCCAAGUUUUUGAUGUACCAGGUGGUGCAUUCCCUCCGAAUGAGAAACAAAAAGUGGAGUGCGAAGUCAAGUCCAUAUCCCAAGUUCUGAGUGUUAGCCUACUCAGACAUAUCAAUUUUGCUUUCAGCGGUGCAUACGUUGCUGAUGAAGACUCACUACCAGCAAAGCGUCCUGAUUAUGACAGGCUGACCAAUACUUGCACCGUAGUGGAAGAGAUAAGGGUACUGCAAAUGAAACUCAGUGCAACAGAGGAUGAUGAUGAACAGCGAGCACUAGAGGAGGACAUCACAGGAAAGAUACUGUGGCUUUUUUGGUGUGGGAUCUGCACAGAAGCGGAACAACUGUUACCAGAGGUUGCGAGUUAUAUCCGGCGAGAAGGAAAUAUGAAGGGUUUACGGAUGCUUCAGUUCCUCAUUAUUGCUCGGAAAGAGUACGUAGAGCUGGACGAUGAUCAAGCCAACAUGCAACGGAUCAUGCUCGAUGCAGGAGCAGGCACCUCAAAACACCAAUUAUUGCUUGCUGCGAGGGCUGCAGAGCAAAUCAAGUGGCCGGAUUCUCAAAUACCUUCCCCAUCAGUGCUUUAGCAAGUGUGGGUAUUGCCAGAGUUUACCGAUGUUUCUCUGACCCUGAGGUGCCCGAUCAACCUGCCGGAUAUUUUUUCUUCGCAUUUCCUCGAUGUAGUCUCCUUGGAGUCAGAGCUGAUAAAAGAGCCCUUCAAAAGACUCGUGUUGAUCACACCAUCGGAUGCUGGGUCGAAAGCGGUCAUCGCGCAAAGCGUAAGUGCCGACAUACAUGCUACUCGAGAAGAAACCUCUGUAAGUCUCUUCUACGAGACAAUCCGGAUGAGCAGGAUAGCAGUCCGCCUCAAGGGCAAUGACGAACAUCAGCAUACUAACCAGAGAUUCGAAUGCAGAAAGGCG